GUGGCAUUGCGAGCGUUCCGUUUCUAGGUGUCUAGCAACCGCUAUCAGCCCAGACAGCCGGCGGCAACGGGAGCGGUAUUUCUCCGUGUGUCUUUCCACGAUUAUUCGCUGCCCGUUAUUUAUAAUUAAUAGUCGCUUAGCUGAAAAACUGUGAAAAAACAACCCUGACCCCUGCACUGAGAUAUGAGCGGCAGCGGGCGGCCCAGGACCAGCUCGUUUGCUGAGCCGCCAGGUGUACCAGGAGCCGCCGCCGCUGCGUCCGCCGGAUCAGCCGCUGCCGUGGGGAGCAGCACAGGAAAGUCCGGAGUCCCGCAGGCCUCCGGCAGCAGCUCGUCAGGAUGUUCCAACCUUAAGCUCGCCAGAGACAGCGGGAAGGUGACAACAGUCGUGGCGACGCCAGGUCAGGGACCGGACCGCCCACAGGAAGUCUCCUACACGGACAUCAAGGUUAUCGGAAAUGGAUCGUUCGGUGUGGUGUACCAAGCUCGCCUCAUCGACAGCCAGGAGAUGGUGGCCAUCAAGAAGGUCCUGCAGGAUAAGAGGUUUAAGAAUCGAGAGCUACAGAUUAUGAGGAAGCUGGAUCACUGCAACAUCGUGCGACUACGUUAUUUCUUCUACUCCAGUGGCGAGAAGAAAGAUGAAGUGUACCUCAACCUGGUGCUGGACUUUGUCCCUGAGACGGUCUACAGGGUUGCCAGGCAUUUUAACAAGGCCAAGAGCAUCAUUCCCAUCAUAUAUGUGAAGGUGUACAUGUACCAGUUGUUCCGCAGCCUGGCUUACAUCCAUUCCCAGGGCGUCUGUCACAGAGACAUCAAGCCCCAAAACCUGCUCGUCGACCCUGAAACUGCCAUCCUGAAGCUGUGUGACUUCGGCAGCGCCAAGCAGCUGGUCCGCGGCGAACCCAACGUGUCGUAUAUCUGCUCUCGGUAUUAUCGCGCCCCCGAGCUUAUUUUCGGUGCCACCGACUACACAGCAAACAUUGACAUCUGGUCGGCUGGCUGUGUGCUGGCAGAGCUGCUGCUGGGACAGCCCAUAUUCCCCGGGGACAGCGGCGUGGACCAGCUAGUAGAGAUUAUCAAGGUGUUGGGAACGCCGACCAGGGAGCAGAUUCGAGAGAUGAAUCCAAACUACACAGAGUUCAAGUUCCCUCAGAUCAAAGCGCAUCCAUGGACCAAGGUGUUUAAACCUCGCACCCCUCCAGAAGCCAUCGCGCUGUGCUCUCGGCUGCUGGAGUACACGCCGGCCUCGCGCCUCUCCCCGUUAGAGGCCUGCUCACACGCCUUCUUCGACGAGCUGCGCCAGCCAAACACGCGACUGCCCAGCGGCCGAGAGCUGCCCAUGCUUUUCAACUUCAGCACCACAGAGCUGUCAAUCCAGCCUCAGCUGAACUCGACCCUCAUUCCUCCUCACGCUCGCUCACAUACAGCUGCUUCCGCCCACGACGGUACCGGUUCAGACUCAUCUCAACACAGCUCAGUACCCGGAUCUCUCAACAGCAUCUGAAAUCUGACGCAGCUUCUUCUCACCUGCACCUGCCUGCAAACCUCACCUCGUCUCAGACACACACACACACACACACACACACACACACACACACACACACACACCCACACACACACACACUCUCCAGCUUCCCUCUGUGCUGCUUGCUCUCCUCUUAGACGCCGGUCCCUUUCUGUACAGUAAACGCUUCGAACAAACCGUUAGCUCCUUAGCUGCCAGGGUCUCACACUCACACACACUCACACACACACACCUACACACACUCACACACACACUCACACACACACAGAGUUGUCCUGCUGCUGCUGCUGUUCAGGUGGUAAGAGAAGGUUCAAUAGUCGGGGCUGGUCCUCUGUGAUAUUACUUUUUUUUUUUUUUUAAAUCAGCAUUUUGUGUUUAUUUAUUUGACUAAUGAAAUCAUCUUGCGUCUCUAGUUAUGUUUUUAUUCCUCAGUGUUUCAGUGACCAGGACUAGAUUUGGGUUUUUCCACAUUAAAAAGGACUUUUAUUUAACUCAGGUCAGGAGAACGAACGCAGCAGAAAAAUUAAUCCUCCGGUUCCAGCGUCGACUUAGCGGUGAAGAUUCUUCAGCGUCAGAUAAAAUGUGUUCUCCUCCAGACCCCGUUCCUUGUCGUAUAUAUAUUUAUGGACCCGAAACUAAGUUUAAACCCAUGAAAAUAUCAAAUCAAGCCUGAACCGAGGCUCGUUCUCGGCUUUUAACACGUUUUUAUGUUUUAAAUGAAACCUAGGAAUCAGUGUUGACUUGUUGGUUAAAGAUUCAGGGGAAUUCUCCUCGUCUCAUGGUUUUAAUUUCAUUUUUAAAGCUGUGCAGAAAGAAGAAUUAGUCUUUUAAAAUCAAGCAAACUUGUUUUUCAUUCUACUUGAAGGAAAACUAGAAGAUGUUGAUGGGAUUAACAUUAAGUCACACAAAGGCAGGUUUAGGCACAGUUGUGGAAUUAAUUGACAAAAAAACCUUCUAACAAAAGAAGCAACAACCAAAGUAAAAUACAAAUUUAAAUAAAGUCAAACGCCCUCGUUUUAAAUGAAUCGACUCCACAGAUAAACUGUGUUUGCAUGUUUCAACAUUUUUAAAGUCUCUGCAAAGAAAGAAAAGUUUAAUAAUUAGUUUUGCCCUAAUAUUCCCACUAAAAUAAUCUGAUGUUUGAUUAGAUUUUAUUCUUUUAAUUAAACCAAAAUGCUUCUUAAAUUUGCAAAAAAAAUCCCUGAGCUGUUUAAGAUGUUAUUGUAAAACGAUGAGAAUUUGAGAAGAUUAUUUUAGGGUCAGUUUUACAUUUUAACAUUGGUUAAAACAAUGAGUCUGAGUCUUUAUUUUGCUCAAGAUUCACAUGUAGAUGUUGGAAGAUUAAAAGCAAACGAGAACUAGUUCAAGAACUAAUUUGGGGCCAUUUCUGUCCUGAUUUAAAUGUAGAAAAACAAACAAACAAAAAAAACAGCUGCGAUUUAAAGAAAAGAAAUGAAUGAAUAUUUCUUUGUGGAAGUUGGAGUCACUCAGAGACGGAGAAAUCUUUUAAAUCAUGACGUUUUAGCUUCUUUAUGGAUCAACGGACACAGAAACAUAUACGGAGGCUUAAUGUGGGUGAAUCCCUCUUUGUGUUCGUUUGUUUGUUUGUUUGUGUGCUUGUUGUGCUCCUGUUGUUUAUUAAAGGACCAAUUUUGGAUUUAACGCCAUGGCUCGGAGGACGCGUGAGGGCUUAAAGAAAUAAGAGCUUUUUAGAGAUAAGUUUAGAAGUAAAUCAAGUUUAGGUCGCCCGGAGAAUGUAUCGCUGUCGGUGUCGAGUGUGUGUGUGUGUGUGUGUGUGUGUGUGUGUGUGUGUGUGUGUGUGUGUGUGUGUCUGAAUUUAUUCCACGCUGCCGUCUGAACAGCCAGUGUUUUAGGAGUAGAGCAGCCACCAGUACAGGUUUUUAGUAAGCAGUACAGACCACUUGAAAGUUUGUAGUAUAGUAUAUUUUAUACUAUCGUACCACGGUCUCCACCUGAUUUUUUUAUUUUUAUUUUUAUUUUUAUUUUUUAAAUCCACCUGCACACGUUCAUUUUAUAAGAGGAGAGUUUUAGAGCAUAUAUUUCACUGCUGCUUCCUUCCUGGUUUUUAAAACUGGUCCCAUCCCUCCAUCGUUUCCUGUUAAAAAAAAGUCCCCCUGCCGGCGCCGUUUGAUUCCCGUCCCGCGGCGUCCACGCUCAGGGCUCGGGACGGACGCCAGAGGACGGGAAUCAAGCACGGCCGCCUUUUUUUUUUUUUACUUUCAGAAGCCGUCUCUUCCCCUCUCUCUCUCUCCGCUCUCCGUCAUCCUCGGCUUAUCGCACAUGUAAAUAUCACUGAUUCUUAUUUUUUAUUUUUCCUCCCCCCCCCCCCUCUCUUUUUACUUUUUAUUACAGAGUUGUUUAUAUCUCGUUUCCUCUCAUCCUGUCGACGACACGGUCUUAGUUUGUGCAUUUUUGUAAAUAAGUUUCUUUUUUUCACAAUCCAAAGUGUAAAUACUGAAAAAAAGAGAAAAGGAAAAAACAAAAAAAAAACAAGACAAAAAAAAAACAGCCUACUCCUCAUGUUUGUUGACGAUCUCUUUCUCUCUCCUUCUCUUUCCUCGUAGUCAGUGAAAAGCUGUAAAGUAGCUCUGACGGCGUUUUGUUACUCGGCUCCCCUCCUUCGUUCUGACUGAAGAAGUGAAUAUUUUAGAGUUCUGCUCCAAGAUGUUCUCGUGAAGCCUUAAAGCUCUGAUACGUCUUUAAGUUUCCUGUUGUCAAAGUUUUUCUUUUUACCAUUUUGUUGAUCAUGCAUUCCUCAGUGGAACAUGUUAUAUUUACAAUUAAAAAUCUGGUUUCAAGUCUGCAAAGUAACCAGAAAUAAUAUCCAGAUAACAGCAGUUUCCUUUCUUGCCUGUAGGGGGAGUUGUCACUUUAAAUGGUCCCUUUAAAUUUAAAUAUACACACACUACCAGUUAAAAAUGUCGGUGUGUCCAGGCUUUUAACUGGUAGCGUAUAUGCAGAUUUGCGUUCCCUACAUAAACCUACAUUUCCCACGAUGCAGCUGUGUCUUCAACCCGGGAAGUUACACUAUGUACAUGACAUUAUCAGAUUAAAAACUCCUUGUGAACUUGUGAUUCGUCCUCAUUCGUUAAAAACACAUUGAGGACAUUCAUCAGACGUCUUAAGUUUUAUUUUAAGCUUCUGGUUUCUGCUCUUCAUUUUGGAGCAGAACUCUUUACUUGUUGUGACAGACUGCGAUAAACGAUUACUGUGCAGUAUUGAGAAGAAGAAGAAGAAGAAAAUGUCUUAGCUGCAGGUCGCCGGGGGUUUUUCAGACCGAGUCCAGGGACCCAGGAGCGACCUCAGAAAGUGUUGAAGCUGGAUGAGAAAUAAUGUGACGAGUGUCCGGCUACGUGCGCUAUACGUGGGCAUUUUUGUAUUACGUGCUGUGUGGCAUUCAGAGUUGCUGCUAACGAUGACAAGAUGGUGGAAAUGAACGUGUGUGUUGUUUGUUUACGUGUGUGUGUGUGUGUGAUGUUUCCUCCUUUGUUUUAUUUAACCGAUCAGAUCUUCACACGUUGUGACUUUUAUUUAAUUUUUUUUUUUUUUUUUUUUUUUUUUUAACUCCAAUGCUGUUGAGUUCAUCCUGGCCUGAUGUGUCUGAUGAGUCGGUGGAAUAGACAGAUGAUGAUGAUGAUGAUGAUGGAGGGAUAGAAGGAGGAGGAGGAGAGAGAAAGAAAACACAAACCUGUCUGUCUCUGUUCUGUGUGUAUGAUAUGGACUCAUUUACUGUAAUAAAGUGAUGAAACUGUG